AUUUAAUGUAAAGUUUUUCCAGUGAAACAAAACGUAAGAAUCUGAGUUUGUUUUUCAAAGAUCACUAAAUUUUAGUUAUGAUUAUAUCACAUUUUCCAAAAUGUGUGGCAGUUUUUGCCCUCCUUGCCCUGAGUGUUGGUGCACUGGACACUUUUAUUGCUGCAGUAUAUGAGCAUGCGGUGAUAUUACCAAACAGAACAGAAACACCUGUUUCAAAAGAAGAAGCUUUGCUCCUGAUGAACAAGAACAUAGAUGUUUUGGAGAAAGCAGUUAAGCUGGCAGCGAAGCAGCAGGGUGCACAUAUCAUUGUGACCCCAGAAGAUGGAAUCUAUGGUUGGAUCUUCACCAGGGAGAGCAUUUACCCCUAUCUAGAGGAUAUACCAGACCCUGGAGUGAACUGGAUUCCAUGUAGAGACCCCUGGAGAUUCGGCAACACACCAGUGCAACAAAGACUCAGCUGCCUGGCCAAGGACAACUCUGUCUAUGUCGUGGCUAAUAUUGGAGACAAGAAGCCAUGCAAUGCCAGUGACUCUCAGUGUCCACCUGAUGGCCGUUACCAGUACAACACUGAUGUGGUGUUUGAUUCUCAGGGAAAACUGGUGGCACGCUACCAUAAGUACAAUCUUUUUGCACCUGAAAUUCAGUUUGAUUUCCCCAAGGAUUCAGAACUUGUGACUUUUGACACUCCCUUUGGGAAGUUUGGCAUUUUUACUUGCUUUGACAUUUUUUCUCAUGACCCAGCUGUGGUGGUGGUGGAUGAGUUUCAAGUUGACAGCAUUCUCUACCCCACAGCAUGGUACAACACGCUGCCCCUCCUCUCGGCUGUUCCCUUCCAUUCAGCAUGGGCCAAGGCCAUGGGAGUCAAUCUACUUGCUGCAAAUACCCACAACACCAGCAUGCACAUGACAGGGAGUGGAAUCUACGCCCCAGAAGCAGUCAAGGUGUACCACUAUGACAUGGAAACAGAGAGUGGUCAGCUGUUGCUAUCAGAACUGAAGUCUCGGCCCCGCCGUGAGCCCACCUACCCUGCAGCUGUUGACUGGCAUGCGUAUGCCAGCAGUGUCAAGCCAUUUUCCUCUGAACAGUCAGAUUUUCCAGGGAUGAUUUAUUUUGAUGAGUUUACCUUCACCAAGCUUAAGAGAAAUACAGGAAAUUACACAGCUUGCCAGAAAGAUCUGUGUUGUCACUUAACUUACAAGAUGUCUGAGAAGCGAACAGAUGAGGUCUAUGCCCUAGGUGCUUUUGACGGACUGCACACAGUAGAAGGCCAAUAUUACUUACAGAUAUGCACAUUACUGAAGUGUCAAACCACUGACCUGGAAACGUGUGGAGAACCUGUGGGGUCAGCUUUUACCAAGUUUGAAGACUUCUCCCUCAGUGGCACAUUUGGAACGCGUUAUGUUUUCCCACAGAUCAUUCUAAGUGGGAGUCAGCUUGUCCCUGAAAGACAUUAUGAGAUUUCAAGAGAUGGACGCUUGAGGAGCCGAAGUGGAGCCCCUUUGCCUGUCUUAGUUAUGGCCCUGUAUGGAAGAGUGUUUGAGAAGGACCCUCCACGCUUAGGGCAGGGAUCUGGGAAAUUCCAGUGAUCUCCUUUAGCCGAGCCCUUUUAGGAUUAGCCUGGCUAAGAAAGGAAGAAAGAAAAGAGAUCCGUUAGUGUCUGUUUAGAAAAGAUGUCAUAAACUUACAGAAACAAAUAUAAUAAACUGAAGCAGAUUUGAAAAGCAACAAGUGUGUGUGCAAAUUUCACAUUUUACAUGUUUGGUAUAGCACAGGUUCAUUUAUGGGAGCCGCAUUCAUCCUCCAUGUAUGUGAGUUUAAGUAUAUGUAAGUAUGUAUAUGUAUAGUGGAACGUAUAUUUAAAUAGGAGGAGGUCCUAGAAAAAUCAUUUUGCAGUAACUGCACUAAUGUAUGCAAGUGUUGUUUCCAUCAUAUGAUGGUUAAUUUUAUGUGUUGAUUUGACUGGGUCAUGAGAUGCCCAGAUAGCUGGUUAACCAUUGUUUCUGGGUGUGUCUGUGAGGGUGUUUCAAGGAAGAGAACAGCAUUUGAAUUGGUGGACUGAGUAAAGCAGACGGUCCUCCCCAGUAUGGAUGGUCAUCGUCAAGUCCCUUGAGGGCCUGCAGAGAAAAACAAGAAGGAGGAGGUUUGAAUUCAUUUUCUGCCAGACUACUUGAGCUGGAUAGAGAUCUUCUCCUGCCUUCAUGUGCUCCUGGUUCUCAGGCCUUCAGGCCUGGACUGGAAUUGACACCAUCAACUCUUCAGCUCUCAGGCCUUCGAAUGACACCCCUGGCUUUCCUGCAUCUCCAGCUUGCAAAUGGCAGACCAGACCGUGGGAUUUCUCAGCCUUCAUAACUGUCUGAGCCAAUACCUUAUCAUAAAUCUCUUUCUCUCUCUCUCGCCUGUUGGUUCUGUUUCUCUGGAGAACCCUGACUAAUGCACUUCAUUUGUAAAUACAUAGGAUGAACUUUGAAUAUGCAGAGGGUAUUUGAUUCCAGCCAAUUAAGAUACAGGAAAUUAAAGAAUAAGGACAUCUUUUAAAGUAACUAUGAACAACUUUUUAGCUAGUAUUGUCCCUUUAGUCAUGACUAAUUUGACUCCUAUGUUCUAUUUAUAUGGAAAUUGGAUACUUGAAAUGGAUUUUUUUUUUAAUUUUUUUGAGACCGAGUCUCACUCUGUCCCCCAGGCUGGAGUGCAUGCAGUGGCACGACCUCGGCUCACUGCAGCCUCUGCCUCCCUGUGUAGGGAAAAGAAAGAGAGAUCAGACUGUUACUGUGUCUGUGUAGAAAAGGAAGACAUAAGAAACUCCAUUUUGAACUGUAUCCUGAACAAUUGUUUUGCCUUGAGAUGCUGUUAAUCUGUAACUUUAGCCCCAACCUUGUGCUCACAGAAACAUGUGUUGUAUGGAAUCAAGGUUUAAAGGAUCUAGGGCUGUCCGGCGUGUGCCUUGUUAACAAUAUGUUUACAGGCAGUACGCUAGGUAAAAGUCACCGCCAUUCUCCAUUCUCGAUUAACCAGGGGCACAAUGCACUGCGAAAAGCUGCAGGGACCUCUGCCCAGGAAAGCCGGGUAUUGUCCGAGGUUUCUCCCCACUGAGAGAGCCUGAGAUAUGGCCUCUUGGGACGGGAAAGACCUGACCGUCCCCCAGCCCGACACCCGUGAAGGGUCUGUGCUGAGGAAGAUUAGUAAAAGAGGAAGGCCUCUUGCAGUUGAGAUAAGAGGAAGGCCUCUGUCUCCUGCAUGCCCCUGGGAAUGGAAUGUCUCGGUAUAAAACCCGAUUGUACAUUUGUUCUAUUCUGAGAUAGGAGAAAACCGCCCUGUGGCUGGAGGCGAGACAUGUUGGCAACAAUGCUGCUCUGUUACUCUUUAUUACACUCUGGCCUACAUGCACAUCCAGGCAUAGUACCUUCCCUUGAACUUAUUUGUGACACGGAUUCCUUUGCUCACAUGUUUUCUUGCUGACCUUCUCCCCACUAUCACCCUGUUCUCCUGCCGCAUUCCCCUUGCUGAGAUAAUGAAAAUAGUAAUCAAUAAAUACUGAGGGAACUCAGAGACCGGUACCCAUGCGGGUCCUCUGUAUGCUGAGCGCCGGUCCCCUGGGCCCACUAUCCUUUCUCUAUA